AAACAAUUGAAUCAUAUAAAUCAUCGGAGGACUAACUUUUAUAUAUAUAUUUGUUGGGCACUUACAUACAUACAUACAUACAUACAGUACAUCCAUACAUAUAUAUAUCCAGAAGAAUGGGCAAAAAGAAUAGUAAACUCAACUCAGAAGUGGUUCAAAAGCUUACAAAAGACACAUAUUUUUCGGAGAAAGAGAUCCGUCAGUGGUAUAAAGGCUUUAAAAAGGAUUGCCCUAAUGGACAGCUUACUGAACAGGGCUUUUUGCGAAUAUAUAAGCAAUUCUUCCCACACGGAGAUCCAUCCAAAUUUGCAUCCCUUGUCUUCAGGGUUUUCGAUGAAAAUAAAGACGGCUCAAUUGAAUUUGAAGAGUUUAUAAAAGCACUUUCAGUGACUUCCAGAGGAAAUUUAGAAGAAAAGCUCGUUUGGGCUUUCAAAUUAUACGAUGUAGACAAUGAUGGAUAUAUAACUAGAGAAGAGAUGUAUAAUAUAGUGGACGCUAUCUAUCAAAUGCUGGGAAAUCAGGCAAAAAUAGCCGAAGACGACGAUGAAAAUCCUAAAGAAAGAGUCGACAGAAUUUUUGAACAGUUGGAUAAAAACCAGGACAACAAACUAACUCUGGAGGAGUUCAAAGAGGGCUCAAAACAGGACCCGAAGAUAGUACAGGCGCUAUCACUGUAUGCACCAUAAGUUGCUGAUGGAUAGGAUAGGACUGUCAAC